GCUGUACAGUUAUCCAGGAGACCUCUAGGCGGACAAUUUUCUUGUGGUAAUGACGUCGCAAAACAUAACAUUUUAGUUUGAGUCUCUACUGCACACCUGGUACUGUAGACCUAUCAUCGACAAGAAGACACUGGAAUUAUAGAAAGUUUUAAAACAACGCUAAAACUAUUUGUAGUUGAAAAAGACGGAGACGUAACCCAUCGAGUUAUGUGGCAUUAUUUAACACGUUUAGGUCUUAGCAUAUACGAACAUUAUUUUCUUACUAUUCACAAGUAAACUGGUAGUCUGUGAAGACCAAGCCCAGCCAGCCGAAGCUGUCAGCAGUGCUGCUCCCUUCUGAGUCAUGCAUUGAAGCAAAACAAAUCUGCUUGUAGCAGCAAAGCUAACAACACGUCGACCACGCAAGUGCCCGUUCAUUUGUUCUUCCUUCUAGGUUUCCCUUAAUAUCAUCUACCUCUGAUUUUUCACUACAUCGCCACCCAUCUCUCGUUACUUGAAGCCAUGGCUGCUAACAGGAAUGCUUUGGCCCUUCACAAAGUGAUAAUGGUGGGCAGCGGUGGCGUGGGCAAGUCAGCACUAACACUGCAAUUCAUGUAUGAUGAGUUUGUGGAAGACUAUGAGCCCACCAAAGCCGACAGCUACAGAAAAAAGGUGGUUCUGGAUGGAGAGGAGGUUCAGAUCGACAUCCUCGACACAGCGGGACAGGAGGACUACGCUGCCAUUCGGGACAACUACUUCCGCAGUGGAGAGGGAUUUCUCUGCGUGUUCUCCAUCACAGAAUCUGAAUCCUUUGCUGCUACUGCUGAUUUCAGAGAACAGAUCCUUCGGGUAAAAGAGGAGGAGAACGUACCUUUCCUGCUGGUGGGAAAUAAGUCAGACUUGGAGGACCGACGGCAAGUCGGGGUGGAGGAGGCCAAGGCCAGAGCAGAUCAGUGGGCAGUAAGCUACGUCGAGACUUCUGCCAAAACCCGUGCCAACGUAGAUAAGGUGUUUUUUGAUCUCAUGCGUGAAGUCAGAGCCAGAAAAAUGGAAGAUGGCAAAGAGAAAAAUGGAAAAAAGAAGAGGAAAAGUUUGGCAAAGAGAAUUCGAGAAAGAUGUUGCAUUUUAUAACGACUGGGUCAUACUAUAACACUAACAUCUUUUCUCUACCCUUCCACUGCUUCCAAAAAAAAAUCCAUCAGGUUUCAUCACUCUACAGGCAAAAAUGCUGGAGAUUAUCUCCUUUAAACACAUUUCUUCUCGGUGUUGUUUCUCAAUGGGUAUAAAAGGGCAGAACAUCAAAUAUGCAUUAAAAUUACAAAUGGUAUCAAAGGUCUGACAUAUCAGAUAAAAACAUUUCUUAGCUCAAGCACACCAGAACUGACUACUAUAAUCAUUUUUAAUGACUUGUGAUUCUGUUUACUUUAGUUGAAUGAGUACCUUUGAUACUCUAAACUCUUGAUUGCUAAACACUAACACUAUGGGAAAAAUAAUACUACAAACUAUUUGUUAGCACGUUCAUGGUGUGUUUUGAGAAUUUAAACCACCUGUUCUGUUUUACUUCCUAAAGUAAAGCCUUAAUGUUACAAAAAUACAAAAAUGUUGGGUGUCAAGCUGCAUAAAUGCUUUUAGGUAAUUUUCUAAAAGAAAAUUAUAGCUACAUAUCUUUGCCUAACAUAGGCAAUGCUAAAUAUUACCCAAACAAAUGCUCAAGUGAUUAAAAAUAGCUAAUAAACACAGGAAUCAAUUGAGUUGAUUCUUAAUUGGCUCUUUUCCCAAAAGCUUUUUUUGAAUUCAGACAGUUUAAAAGGGUAAAAGCCCAUGCAUUUCAGAAAACUGGCACUGUCCUUUAUUUCAGUUUAAUAAGUCUAAUAGUGCACCAAACUCGUGUCAAAUAUGUGAUUUAACAUAACCCAAUCUCUCCUUAACCACACAUACAUAAAAUAUUUGUAGUUAAAGGGCUUAUUCACUCAUCCCUGUGUGUAUGGCACCAGAUUUAGAGGUUUGUAUUGUGCUAUCUAGGGGUCCCAAAUUACACAUAGAUUUAGCAAUUUAGAAGUGAGAACAUCAUUUAGCUUGAGUUGACUUAACUGUGAAAACAGGUUGGAAUGUUUUAUUACACAGAUUGAAUUGUGUACUUUAUUAUAACUUAUAUGCAACUGAAUAUUUCUUGCUACGUUUAUCCUGUGUAAUUAUAUUUUCUAUUGUAAAUUAAAAUUUUCUGAAGUUUAGUUCUAAGGGUAAGAGUAUAUUGUGAAAUCAUGCUCACUCAUACUAAAACUAAGAAACUCUAAGGGCUGGACACAAUCUGCUUUUCAGACACCCGCAGAUCUGAAGUAAACUAGAAUCGUCACCCUUUGAUGAAUGAUUUUGAAUAAGCACAUCCAUGUGUAAAUAAAUGUGAGGUUGACCGUUUAUUUCCACAUUACCGAUUUUUACUUUUGCAGCUAAAACUACACUGUUUCUUUUAAAUGUUAACUCUGUGACUGUCUUUACCCAAAUCUUUAUGUGUGUACUGUGGCAUAUUCAAGUCCUUUCCUUUUGUUUAGUCAGUCAUAGUGGGUUACUAUCCCUCAACAAGCUCUUGAUUGGUCUGUUUGUGCGGCAAGCGUGCCAUAUGGCAAUGAUGCUGACAUAUCCACAGCAGAUGCCUCAAGAGACCCCUUAUUACUUUAAAAAGUGACUUUUGAGCGCAAAAAAAAAAAAACGUUUACAAUACAAGACAUUUUAUUAUAAGCCUCUAUUGUUUGAGUCUUUCUUAUACACUUAGAUACACUUUCAUUCUAUAUUUUGGGCGUCUCUUGACAAAACGCUUAACAUGCAGAAAUCUGAAUUCAAAAUAGCGUAAGGGCAAAUUAUAAGCUUUAUCGAAAGAACUAGCUGACAACCAAUACAAAGAAAACUGACAGCACUGAUGUAAUGUAAUAUUACAACAGUAAUUAUGGUGAUAUGAAUGUUGAAUGAAAAUGAAAUGCAAACAUUUAAGCAUACUGAACUUAAAAAGAAAAAGUAAAAUGUUAUGUUUCUGUUACAUUAAUAAAAUCUAUUUUUGUAGACCUCCAA